UGGAGCGAGCUAGCAACAAAAUUAAAUAGUCUGGGUGGAGCAGUGAAGACGGUGAAUCAAUGGCAAACGGUAUGGCGGGACUUAAAAAGCCGCACCAGCAUUAAAGCACGGAAUCGGCGAAGGCAACAAGCUUUAACUGGAAACAGGCCAAUCAGUGAGGAGCCCCUAACGGAAUUCGAGAGGCGGGUGUCUGCUCUUAUAGGGGAGGAGUAUAUGAAGGGCCACGAUUCAACCCCUGAAAAUAUUCCACUGGAGGAGGUAAUCCAAAUGGGUAUCGAAGUGGAAGAUGAAAGGGUGAUUUCGGAAGCCCCGUCGCCUUUACGGACGCCACUGGCAGAGAAUUUCACGCUGAGGUCAGGUAAUUCCCAUAUCUCAGACAGGAGAACACCACGGGCGAGCUUGAAAAGAAAGCGCAUGGAAGAAGACGGUAAUGCUCGGAAGAAAUUUUUGGAAAUAGCAGAAAAACAGGCAGAUGCACUAAAGAUGCUAGCCCAGUCGAGUAUAGAAACAGUAGAAGUCGCAAAACAACAAGCAGAUGCUUUAAAGACUGACCUUUGA